CUAGACGAAGCUCUCACAGAGUAAAAGGCUUUGUAAUGUUGGACUCGGUUUAUAGGAAUUACAUUUAAAAGUGGAACUGAAAAACAUGGCACACUCUGCAUGCCACAAACUGAUGCUAAAGGCCACAUUCAUCUGUCUCAUAAAACUUGCCUGCAGCUACAGUUUCAGAAGUUGCAUAGAGAUCCCAGAUUCUAAUCAUACAAUCUUUACAUGUGUUAAAAGUUAUGAACGAGACAUAACUGCGAUUGUGAGUGAUGUAUUUCCCACUGCAUUAAAUCUUACAAUCUCUCACAGCAACAUUGAAUAUGUGCAAAGUCAAAGCUUCGAUCAUCUGCCCAAUCUGACUGCUCUGAUACUGGACGCUAACCAUAUUACUAACAUCGACAAGGAUGCUUUUAAUAAUCUACACCAUCUUCAGACUUUAAAUUUGUCCUGCAACAACAUAUCAUUUCUCCACCGGGAUGUCUUCAGUGACCUCCAUAACCUCACACAGCUGCUCCUGGGAAGCAAUAAACUGACUAAUCCUGAUGAGUAUCUGUUUUCUAGUCUUACAAACCUCAAGAUUCUUGACUUACGCAGAAACCACUUGUAUAACUUUUCGUCUGUGGUUGAAAGCAUAACAAACCUGACUAGCUUGAUAAAACUGGAUCUUUCUUUUAACAAGCUGACCACCCUGCAACACUCCACCCAUCUGCCAGAGUCACUUGCCUUGCUCUACCUCGGUGAUAACAAACUAAAGACACUGGGAUGUGACAAGUCUUUCCUUAUGAAUGUCAAAAAGCUGGACCUCUCAGACAACAAAAACCUGGCAUCCAAAUCUUUUCUUGGCCUGAAACUGGAGAAUAUAACGUACCUGCGGUUGCGCUUUACCAAUAUCUCCAUUUUCAAACUUCUUACUUAUCCCAAUGUGCAUCCGUGGCACAUUGACUUUUCUGGCCUGAAGCUGAAGAACUCCCAUGCACUGAGUUCACUGUGUGUCCUUAUGCGAAAUCACAGCCAUGAACAUUUACAAAUACCUAAAAUGUUGCUCCAGAGCAAUUCUAUAGGAGCUCUAAAAAAUAAUACAUUUCGUUAUUGCCCCAGUAUCACACGGGAAAUGGACCUCUCGCGGAAUGAGCUGAAAAGCGCUGGCUGCUUGCAGUUUCUCCACAAUCAGACUCAACUGAAAAGUCUCAAGAUGGAGCAUAAUCAUCUGACCAAGCUAACGUCCUGCAACAAAGCAGAAAUACAUAAUAGCCUGACAAACCUGAGCUAUCGAUACAACCGUAUUCUACAGAUCAGUGGUUAUGCCUUCAGCAAUACACCUAAAUUAGAAAUACUGGAGCUGAACAUCAACAUAAUUGCUUAUAUGGACCAUAAAGCCUUAAGUGGGCUCAAAGAUCUCAAGACUCUUCGUCUCGACAACAACCUUUUGAGUGAUAUCUACAAUGAUAGCUUUGAAGAUCUCACAAACCUGAAGACUCUGAACCUGCGCAACAAUGAAAUAGCUGUCAUUUUCAACUACACCUUUCAGAAUCUGUCUAAACUGGAUAUUUUAGAUUUAGGCGGGAACAAGAUCUCACAGCUGAAACCGCAUGCUUUUGAUGGGCUCUAUAGCUUGACCAAUCUGUAUCUAGACAGGAAUCAUCUUAAAAUGAUUGAUGUCGUACUCUUUGGGAAACUCUCUGGCACCCUGCAGGUGCUGGAUUUGCAGGGUAACAUGAUUGUGUAUUUUACAGAACAUACACACUCGCCGUUUAAAAAUAUGUCAAGACUUUACGACCUGAAACUUAAUGGACAGCAACCUAACGGCAUUAACUUGUUGCCUCGUGCAUUUUUCCGUGGUCUAACUUCUCUGAAAAGUCUGUAUCUCACCAACAAUCAUAUUAUUGGAUUUGGUGAUGAAACGUUCGACGACCUGAAAAACUUGGAUUAUCUAACACUGGACAACUCGUGUGCUGGGGUUGCCCAGCUCCAAUCUGGAAUCUUCAAAAGCCUUCAAAAACUAAGGACGUUAUCUCUUGAGAACAUGGGUAUUAAAUCGUUUUCAAAAGAUGUUUUCGGAAAUCUCACAGGAUUGAAGACGCUACAUUUGAAUCGCAAUCCCAUGAUGUCUUUGGACAUUAGUUUACUGGACAAUCUGACUAAUCUAACGUACAUCGACAUGCGCAGUUGUCCUCUGAGUUGUGGCUGCCAUAACAGUGAUCUACAGAACUGGACCAUAAUGAAUAAAAGGCUCCAAUUUCCACAUCUUUUCAAUAUCACAUGCCCAGACCACCCAGGCUCAUAUUUUCACAACUUUGACACUAAAGUGUGUUAUUUGGACAUAGAGCUUUACUUUUUUUCCUCAACCUCCACAUUGACAAUUUUAUUAACCUUAAUACCACUUCUCUAUGUCAAACUUUACUGGAAAUUCAAGUAUGGCUACUAUGUGUUUCGAUCGUGGUUUGGAGAACAGUGGCGUCGCUUACGGGACCAGGAGGAAAAAUACAAUUACGAUGCCUUUGUUUCUUACAAUUCAGCAGAUGAAGACUGGGUAAUGGAACAGUUACUGCCGAACCUUGAGGGUUCUUCAUUUCGCCUGUGCCUCCACCACAGAGAUUUUGAGCUAGGCCGUGAUAUUGUCGACAACAUUGUAGCUGCCGUCUAUGGCAGCCGUAAAACAAUCUGUGUGGUCAGUCAGAGCUUCCUUCGCAGUGAAUGGUGCUCACUAGAGAUUCAAUUGGCUAGCUAUCGCCUCUUCCAGGAAAUGCAAGAUGUGCUUUUGCUUGUCUUUCUGGAGCCUAUCCCUGAACGUCAACUGUCCGCUUAUCAUCGCAUGAGGAAAGUCAUGCUCAAAAAGACCUAUCUUCAGUGGCCUGGGUCAAACUGUUCUGAUCCAAACAGUGCAAAAGAACUGUUCUGGAAUCAGUUAAAGAGAGCUCUAAGAAGCAGCAACUCUGGAAGCCAAGAUGAGCAGAAGAUGGAUGACAAUGAACUGAGGAGAAAAGAGAAAGUGUGUGCAGACAAGGAAGAAAGAGAAUAUUUUGUAAAUCAGACACCAACAGAAGAUGAAAUAUAUUACCUGAUGCCCUAAUUACACUGACAUACAGUUGAAGUUUUUUUUUUUUUUCUUUUUUAAAUAUUUCCUAAAUGAUGUUUAACAGAGCAAGGAAAUUUUCACAGUAUGUCUAAUUUUUUUUCUGGAGAAAAUCUUAUUUGUUUUAUUUCGGCUACAAUAAAAGCAAUUUAAAU